UUUGGAUGAACGCUUCUAAAGGAAAAAAAAAAGGAUAGAUUUUUUCUGAUACAAAAACAGCUAAGAAAGACAUGCAUAUUUUCAGAUGAGGACUCUGACUCCAAAUAGAUUUCCAGUUGAGGACUCCAAACCUUCCAAUUCUCAGUCAAGGACAUUUUGUUGCUACUAUAAAUACGCUUUUGUCAACCACUUCAAAGCAUCAAGAGAGAAAACAUUUCGUUCAUUCUUAGCACUGAAAAAGAGAGAAAAAAAUAUAUAUCUUAUAUAAAAUUAGUUUUAAUUUUUAUCAUCACAUUUUGUUGAGAAGAUGACUAUUCUCAUUGAGCAGCCUCAGCUUGAGCUUUUGCUGGAUGGAGGAUUUAAAAUCCCUAAUAUGGAAGCAAACGAGGGAAUGGGAUUUGAAGCCCCUGAUAUCAACGCAUUUGGUCAUUCAUUCAGGGAUUAUGAUGCUGAAAGCGAAAGGCAGAAAUCUGUGGAGGAGUUUUACAGACUGAAUCAUAUUAACCAAACAUAUGACUUUGUGAAGAAGAUGAGAGAAAAAUACUCAAAACUGGAUAGAAUAGAAAUGAGCAUUUGGGAAUGUUGUGAGAUGUUAAAUGAGGUUGUGGAUGAUAGUGAUCCUGAUUUAGAUGAGCCUCAAAUUGAGCAUUUGCUUCAAACUGCUGAGGCCAUUAGAAAAGAUUAUCCCAAUGAAGAUUGGCUACAUUUGACUGCACUCAUUCACGAUCUUGGGAAAGUACUUCUCCUUCCUAGCUUUGGGGAGCUGCCUCAAUGGGCUGUUGUUGGUGACACAUUCCCUCUUGGAUGUGCCUUUGAUGAAUCCAUUGUUCACCACAAGCAUUUUAAAAGCAAUCCAGAUAGUCACAACCCAACAUACAAUGGUAAAAACGGGAUUUACCAAGAAGGAUGCGGCUUAGAGAAUGUUGUUAUGUCGUGGGGGCACGAUGACUACAUGUACUUGGUUGCCAAGGAAAACGGUACCACUUUGCCUUCUGCCGCGUUAUUCAUCGUUCGUUACCACUCGUUCUACCCAUUGCAUAAAGCUGGAGCUUAUACACACUUGAUGAAUAAGGAGGACAAAGAGAAUCUGAAGUGGCUGCACAUAUUCAACAAAUAUGACUUGUAUAGCAAGAGCAAGGUUCGGGUUGAUGUGGAGAAACCGAGCUAUUGCUGCGAACGGGCUACCUGCUCGGUCACCGAGCCAUUUUCGCAGCUCAUAAGCAGAGCUAGU